AUGGCAGAGACGUCUAAUACUCUCGUCUCAUCCAAGUCCUCACACUCCAGCCUCCACGCCCUGCUACAUCCCCUCGUCCUCCUCAAUAUCUCUGAUCACAUCACACGGCAUACAGUUAGACAGCAAAAGGGCCUGAUAGUAGGUGCGAUACUUGGACAACAGCAUGGCAGAUCUAUUACGCUAGAGCAUGUGUUUGACUGCAACCUGGUAACAACAUCCGGCGGAGAAGUGCUCUUACACCAGGCAUUCUUUAACGAGCGGUUACAGCAAUUUAAGGAUGUCCAUAAAUCUCCGGCGUUAGACCUGGUUGGCUGGUUCACCGUCACACCUCCUUCUGGACCUCUGCCCUCUCAGGUUUCCAUUCAUGAGCAGAUACUCCGGGAUUAUAACGAAGCUGCCAUACUUCUUGCAUUCCAUUCUUCUGAUGUUGAGAACACGUCUUCGACAGUUGGGAAACUUCCCGUUACCGUAUACGAAUCAGUCUAUGAAGGAGACAAUGCUGAUGAUGGUGACCGGCCGAUGCAAGGAGACAACCAGCAGCAAAAUUUAAUGUUGAAAUUUAGACCUGUGCCGUAUUCAGUCGAGACCGGAGAGGCAGAAAUGAUUAGUGUUGAUUCAAUAGCGACUGGAGGCGGCAACGCAACAGCAAUCCCGGAUAAACAACAGCAAAAGACAGAGCCCCAAACCCAAGAUAAAAGACAAAAGCUAUCGGAGUCUACCGAAAUUCACGUUCUUUCCCCUGAAGACGAGGACUUGAUUGCGAAUCUUACUACACGCCUCAGUGCUGUCAAAACCCUCCAGUCCCGCAUCCACCUCAUAAAAUGCUACCUCCAGUCGAUUGCAGAGCCUAGCACUGAUACACCCAUGACAUCACAAUCCCCUCUUAAACCAACACUCUCUCACCCCCUCCUUCGUAGCAUCUACUGCGUCAUAUCUCACCUAGCUCUGCUGAACCCUCAGAACUCGAAUGCUUUCUCCGUAGAGUCUCUAGCCCAGGCAAACGACGUUCUCCUCGCCGCCCUUCUGGGGGCUAUGGGUCAGAAUAUUCAACAGAUGCGAGAACUAGGCAAGAAAUUUUUAAUAGCUGACACAACGGCUCGCAACUCUGGUCAGGGUUCUCAACUGUCUGCCCGUAUGGGCGCCGAUUUGUUCCAUGGCUAG